GAUGCCGGCAUGUUCGCCACGGAGCUCCCUGGCAAGGUGGUCGGGAUGGAGGGCAACCUGGUGGCCAUCUACCUCGUCCUCACCUUCGGGUGGAUCGGGAGCCCGGGGGAGUACAUGGCCUUCGGGACGGCCCUGAAGCAGUGCCAUGACCGCCACCGGCCGGCCGACCCAGGAUGGCACGACGACGUGCCCCACCAUUCGCGCCUCCUCAUGGGCGACGACGUCCUCAUCGAGCCCCUCCUGGGACGGCGCCCCUGGAUGGCCGCCAGGCUGGCCGAGGAGGGGGCCCGUAGAGUAUUCGGGCCUCUUGCGAUCAACGCGGAGAAGAAGGACGAGGAGCGAGAGUUCCGCGUGGACCAGAUCUGCUGGGGGGUCCACGUGAACACGGAGGAGGAGACCCUGCGGCUCCCCGAGGAGAAGGUCAACAAGAUCCGGAUCCUGCUGAGUGACCCCGCCUACGACGCGGGGAACGCCCAGGUAGCCCUGAAGGAUGUCCAGGUCCUCCGCGGCACCCUCAACUUCGCGGCCAUCACCUGCCCCCUCCUCCGCCCCGAGUUGGGGGCGGUAGACCGGCUCCUCCGCACUGCGGGCCCGGCUGGGGUUUGGGUCAAGAUCAAGCUUGGAUGGCCGACAGAGUUGUUGUAG